AUGGCUGAACCGCACAAUGUCUUCGGCGCAAUCAUAUUCUGGCUCUACAUUGUCUUCGCCCUUGUUUUCAUCUUUCUCGCCAUCGAAUCUAUCCUGAGGUUACCGAACCGUGUCCCUCGCAAACAUGUCGCCACUUUCACCGUGUUGGCCUUUAUCAGCUUCUCGAAUCUCUCCUUCAACAUGCUCAAUGUCUUGAUCGACUCGUACAGUACCUGGUCUGAGUGCAAACUCCCGCCUGCAAGGCUUUCACUGCCGAGCCUUUGGCAAUGGUCGGUGACGUCCACCUUAUUCCGAAACUUUGGAGAGGCGAUUGUGCAAGACGAAGCAAGGUUCCUUUGGACACAGUCUGCUCUGAUGGCCACCAUGUCUGUGAGCUUUUUCAUGAGCACUCAAGGCCUACGCCAACGAGUCCCUCGUUUGUGGGCCUUCUUCGCCCUAUCCCAGAUCCUACCCAUCUCCUUCGCGCAGAACUUGUUCUACAUCGCUCUGCUGCGUUCGCCAAACGUCAAGGGAUCCAGUGUUGUCUUGCCACGAACUUCGACACUAGUGAUCUUGAACGCGUACUGCGCGUGUCUCUUUGUCGCGCCUUAUACUGCGAGAGGACCGAGUCUCAUGCCGACAAUACUAGCAGCAAGACUGCUGUUGUUUGUACCAUCAUUCUUGUCGCAACCUCUGGACCUCAAGGAGGGAAGAUCUUCGAGCCAAGAGAGAGCGUUCUUCACGCAACGGCAAGCUCAACUUGCGGUUGCUGUGUACGCUGUUCUCAUGACGGUCAAGCAACUGGCUUCGAUAGCUUUCCAAGGAUUCGCUCUGUCACAGAUCUUGAUGGCGCUGGUCAGCCAUCCAGCAGUCACGUCACUGGGUUUCGACUUUUUGGUCACGGCUAUCAGCUUUUCAACCUGGUCUUUCAUUCAGGAUGAAUCUGGGCAACAGUCGAUCUCUCCACCAAAGAAAGAAGAAUAA